AUGGUUGAGUCUCCGCUUCCGGUGGUUGGGGUGGCGUUGCAGGCGCAGCCGAUCGUCCACGAUGCCGUCGUCGUGGCCGUCGUCGUGGAAGGCGUCGAGAUGGGCGGCGUCGAACAGGCGCAGCCGCUCGUCGCCAGCAUGCAGCGGGCGCACGAGGCGCCCCCGACAGUCGCCCCAGACGGCCGGCCGGCCGGCGCGUGGUCGUCGGACAUCUGUGACUGCUGCUCGCAGUGCAUCCCGACCUGCUUUAUGGCUUGCUGCUGCGAGCCCUGCGCGCUCGGUCAGCUCGCCGAGCGCCUAAAGAGAAACGGUUCGCCGCUCUGCGGCAACCCGUCAUGCGGCUACUGGCGAAUCAUGCUCGCGCUGUUCUUCUGUUCCCUUGUCGUCUCCUGGCAACCCUUGGUACCUGUGUGGACUUGGUACCUGUACUUCGUCGUCAGUGUCGCCACUGGCAUCUUGGUAAGGAAGAGCCUGCGUGUGUACUACUCCAUCCCGGGGCCCGACUGCUGCCCCUCGGAAUGCUGCCGGCCGUGCGACGACUUUUUCACCAUGUGGUGCUGCGGGCCGUGCGCCGUCGCGCAGAUGCUGCGCCACGUCUUCCCGUACGAGUCCGUCCGGCCGACUAUCGAUAUCAAAGGCUCAUUCUUCAGCUUCGGCAUCGCUAAUCUCGGCCCGGACACGGGGAUGCCAGCACAGCGAUCGAUCCAUGCGGCUCUCAGAUAG